CUCUCCGCGCAGCUCGCGCCGCCGCCCAGCCGUGGGCCCGGGCGCAGCCGCCUCGCUCAGACCCAGAUUCGCGCCGCCCCCGCGACCCGCCCGGCCCGGCCCGCCUGCGUCCCGCCCGCAGCAGCUGAGCUCGCGGCUCCAGCGCCGGCCAGGGUGAUGGGCACGCGACGGCCGCGACCCGAGACCUGCUGAGUCCAGUGCUCACUUACUUGGACAAAGACAUACUUGUGAACCAUUACUUGAGGCCAGUUGGGGUACCGUCUAAAUGGUCACCAUAGGCACCAUGAAGCACUUUCUGAGAAUGUUGAUCCAGGUGUGCCUGUACUUGUAUUGUAAAUGUUUGUGGCGCUGCCUGAAGUUUGUGAUGAGGAAGCUGACUGGGAGAUGUGAACUUCAGCGAAUCUGUUACAGUACCAAGCCGGGGGCUUCUAGAACCAUGAAAAUCGAAACAUCACUGAGGGAUUCAAAAAAUAAGUUGUUGCAGACUGCAGUGAGUGUUCACCCGGAUGCUAUCGAGAAGACCAUAGAAGACAUCAUGGAACUGAAAAAAAUCAACCCUGACAUAAACCCACAGUUGGGCAUCUCCCUUCAAGCCUGCCUCCUGCAAAUUGUUGGUUACAGAAACCUGAUUGCAGAAGUGGAAAAACUGCGCAGAGAACCGUACGACUCUGAAAAUCCGCAGCAUGAAGAAAUGCUUCUGAAAUUAUGGACACUUUUGAAGCCUAAUACACCGCUGGAAUCUAGGGUUUCUAAGCAAUGGUGUGAAAUUGGUUUUCAAGGUGAUGAUCCUAAAACAGAUUUUCGAGGAAUGGGCCUUCUGGGACUAUACAAUUUGCAGUACUUUGCAGAAAGAGACACAGCAGCUGCCCAGCAAGUCCUCUCCGACUCUCUUCACCCCAAAUGCAGCAAAUUCAGCAAAGCAGAAUGGGAGAAGAAAAGGAUGGAUAAAGCAAUCGGAUACUCAUUUGCCAUUGUGGGUAUCAAUAUCACUGACCUGGCCUAUAACCUCCUGCUCAGCGGAGCUCUGAAAACUCAUUUCUACAACAUCGCUCCAGAAGCCCCGACGCUGCCUCACUUCCAGCAAACGUUCUGCUACUUGAUGCAUGAGUUUCAUAAAUUCUGGAUUGAAGAAGACCCGCUGGACAUCAUGGAAUUUAACCGUGUGCGGGAGAAGUUCCGCAAGAGGAUCGUGAAGCAACUGCAGAACCCCAACAUGGCCCUGUGCCCACACUUCACAGCCUCGGAAGGUUUACUCAACAUGUAACCACCUGCUCUGGUUUGAACAGAUCCCCAAACACUGCCUCGCUGUCGUGUUAGAUCUUCGCCUAGGUCCCAGUCCUCACUGAAUGCACACAGUGACCGUCUGCAUGCCUUUCCAUGUGUUCCUCUCUCUGUCCUGAUAGCCAGAUGCCCAGGCUGCCUGCCACCUGCGGCACCAUGCAGUGUUACAUCUUGCCUUGACACCCCCCCCUCCAGGUAUGGAGAGAGUUUUCUAUUUUUUUAAGAUUGUUUUUCUCCCUCCUCAUACUUCAGCAUUUAAAAAAAAAAUGCAACUGUAUUUCUCCUCGCUGUAUUUUGUAAGUGAGAGACUUAGCUUAAUCUUGUUCUGUGAAAGCAUUUAAUUUGUUAAUAUUAUUCACGGUUCCCACUGCUAGCUAGCUUUGUAAGCCAGGCUCCUGCUCGGACCUCAUUCCAAUAAAGUAUAAGACUUAAAAAAAAAAAAACUACAGACAGACACAUGAUAAGCCAAACCAUUCCUGCAAACCUUGCUGAGCUUCGGGAAAAAUGUAACAAGUCUUCCAAGAUGCAAAUGUAGGUAGUACUGCUUUUG